CAUUACUUUACAGAUGAGGAGUUCGAAUGGAAGGGGCCUUUCUACUUCAUCCAAGGAGCAGAUCCUCAGUUUGGGCUGAUGAAAGCCUGGGCCACUGGAGACUGUGGCAAUGAAGGCGAUGAGUGGGGAGAAGAGAUCAAAUUAACAGAGCAAGCAGUGCAAGCCAUCAACAAGCUGAGCCCCAAGCCCAAGUUCUUCGUGUUGUGCGGAGAUCUCGUUCAUGCAAUGCCAGGAACUCAGUGGAGAAAGAACCAAGAACAAGAUUUGAAGAAAGUUCUGCAGAACACGGACCAGGACAUCCCACUCGUGUUUGUCAGCGGCAAUCAUGACAUUGGCAAUACUCCAACCAGAGAAACGAUAGAAGAUUAUUGCAAGAACUGGGGAGAUGAUUAUUUCAGCUUUUGGGUCGGAGGUGUUUUGUUUCUCGUGCUAAAUUCUCAGUUAUAUUUUGAUUCUUCUAAAUGCCCCGACUUACGGCAAGCCCAAGACAUGUGGCUUAAUGGUCAGCUGGCUGCAGCGGAAAAACAUAAGUGCCACCAUGUGAUAGUGUUUCAGCACAUCCCUCUGUUUCUGCGGACACCUGAGGAAGAAAAUGACUACUUCAACUUGGAAAAAGCAGUUCGUCAAGAGAUAAUGGAGAAGUUUCACAAAGCAGGCGUUAAGGCUGUAUUUUCUGGACAUUACCACAGGAAUGCUGGGGGUUCCUACAGAGGACUGGAAAUGGUGGUUUCAUCGGCAAUAGGAUGUCAGCUGGGAGAAGAUGAACAUGGGCUUCGAGUGGUUGUUGUCACAGCUGAAAAGAUUGUUCAUCGAUAUUACAGUUUAACUGAACUGAGCAGCCAAGGAAUAGAUAAAGAUCUCAUGGAUAUGCUUGGCAAGCAAAAUUAGGCUGCAUCAAAUCCCUUUCAACUCAAGAGGUUGAUGGGUGUU